CAUGUGUGAUGCAAAAACAGGUACUGCGUUUAAAGAAAAUAAACUUGUAUUUAAAUUGGCCUGUGGGAAGUUAGUUUGAUUGUUUAAAAACAAAAUGGGAUUAGCCAAUUCAGACUAACUGUCAAUCAAUUUAAUUAACGCAAGGAGUCACUAAGUGUUAUUCCUUCUUUGAAGGGAAGAAAGUUUGUAGAUUAUAUCACUAAAUUUAAAAACAGUAUUCUGUCACUCAUAAGAAAUAUGUAUGGAGAGAUAUUUACUAGAUAGAAGAAAGUGUCUCCUAAUGACUUUCUCAAAGAAAACAUAUAUCUGAUCUAAAACUAUUUGUUUUGUGUGGUGGUUUGUUAAUGUAUGAUAACAAUAGAUAAUUUAAUCAUUUUUUUGUGUUCAUUCCUCCUUCUAGUUAAGCAAUACAUAAGACUCCAUAAAUAUGGCAGGUUUCAAAGAAAUUGAUUCACCUGUCCAAAUGCGCUUAUACUCGCUAACGAAAAACCGAUUUGUAUUUGUGUUUGUUAUGUUUUGUGCAGCUUUUCUCACUACUCUUAUUAUUGGAGUUCUUGGACCAGCAGCUAUUGGUCACCAGUCAAAAACUGCAAAAGCAUUAGGUGUAUCUUCCAAGAACUUCAAUACUGGACCAUUUGUUCUUAAUUCUGGCAUUUUGACACAAUUUAAUCAAGAAUUGUGGUUGUUUUGUCAAUUCCAAUUGACUGGAUUACCUGCAAAGAAAGAUUACAAACUUCAAAGAGAUUUUCAUAUGAGUGUAAAGAUUAUGGGAAGUGCAAAAGACACAAGUUACAAGUUGAUAAGUCACUCGUAUCACAACAGAAGUCGUCAUUUGACAUGUACUUUAGAUGCUUGUGAGUCCAUGGUAAUAUUUCAUCUUGGAUCAUUGAAUCACCCAUCAUAUGAAGUUAAUAUAAACUUAUAUGGCUUGAAACUCCCACCUGGUGUAGGAAUACGAAAUGUAGUUUUUACAUUUAAAUAUUUUGAAGAUCAAUUUACACAAAUUCAAAUUUGGUUCCGUUUUGUCUUCUUGGUCUUAUCAUUUACGGUAACGUGUCUGUUCACCCACAGUUUACGAAAGUUUCCUGUUCGCGAUUGGUGUAUCGAACAAAGAUGGAUGUCAGCUCUCCUCCCUUUACUUCUUUUGUACAACAAUCCUGUGUUUCCCUUAACAUUUCUUGUGCAAAGUUGGAUACCAAGGUUGUUUGACGCCAUCUUUCAAGUUUCAUUUUUUGCUGCCUUGCUAAUGUUUUGGUUAUGUGCGUAUCAUGGCAUUAGACAGGCUGAAAGACGCUUUCUUCCAUUUUACCUCCCCAAAGUUAUUAUUGUUGGAUUAAUUUGGGCGACAGGAUGCACCAUAUUAUCCUGGCAAGAAAUCAAUGAAGUUCACGAUCCAUCAUAUCAAUACAAAAUCGACACUGGUCAUUUUUUGGGAUUAAAGAUAUUUUUCUUCGUCAUUGCUGCAAUAUAUCUCCUCUACCUGUUAAUUCUACUCGUUCAAGCAUUUCAAGAAUUAAAAAACAUGCCAUAUUUUGAUGUGCGAAUCAAAUUUUUGACGAUAUUGAUGUUUAUCGUCGUCUUGAUCAGUUUGGUUGCUAUAUUUACUCGUUUUGGGGGCGCAGUUUUGCAAGAAAAUUUCGUCAUGGAUGUAACAUCCAGCUAUCAAAAUUCUGCUGAAUUUUUAGCUUUUUAUGGUUUGUUUAACUUGUAUUUGUACACCAUGGCGUAUGUUUACUCACCAUCUCCAAGAGCUAUUCAAGAUGCGACUAUUAAAAGUGUUCCCUCAAAAUUUUCUAUGCUUGGAGAUUCAGACGAAGAUGUGAUGUUUCAAAGAAGAAAUUUAAAGAAACGAAUUAGCGCUGUGGAGGAGUACAUAACGGACGAGGAGAGUGUACACGGGUGAAAUACGAACAUUCUCAAUUUUGAAAUCUAUUUAUUUAUUUAUUGAAUUUUACGGCAUUGUUAUUUAUUCUUUUCGAUAAUUUUAAAGACAGAAGAUUUAUCAUAUCCGAUGUCUGCUACCUGAUGUAUAUAAUUAUAAUUCAUAGAAUUUUUUCUCGUUGUUGAAUGUUAACUUGCGUCUUUUUGUAAAGAAAUAUUUCCGAAAAGCUUAUCAAUGCUAUGAUAGUCCGUGCAUGCGCAAUGGACGUUCGUGCAUGCGCGUUGGAGGUAUUUUUGUAUAGUCAGAGACUUCCUCUUUAAAUGAUGUUAGAAGGGUAGAAUGGUCCCAAGUUUUGACUAGUCAUAUAAUUUUAAAACAAAAUUUUUAAAAAACGUAAAUGUUUUGGAUAAUUAUUCUUAUACGUUGAAUAUUUUUUGUAGAAUUUAGUGACUUAAUUGUAGACCGAAACUUUAUAUCAAGAAAAUGUUUAUAACUUAUACGGGAACUCGACUUCACUCGAAUUUUUUGUUAGUCAAACUG